AUGGUAGCUGUUUCCUUGGGAAACGAGCCUUAUCUGAUCACACUUCAUAUCUGCUGGCUGCCCUUUGGCCAACCCGACUCAAGCGCAAGUGCUCAGAUAAGCUGUUUUGCACCCAGCUCCUUCUCCUGGAGACAAGCUGCUUACGUGGACUCCUACUGCUGGGCAGCUGUGCAGCAGAAGCAACCAUCCCAGAACAACUUAGAAAACAUUCCCCUGUGGCUGCAUAAAUUCUUCCCAUACAUCCUUCUGCUGGUCGCUAUCCUGCUGUAUCUACCAUGUUUGUUCUGGCGCUUCACUGCAGCACCUCACCUUUCUUCAGACCUGAAAUUUAUUAUGGAAGAACUUGACAAAGCCUAUAACAGGGCAAUCAAAGCUGCUAAUAGCAUCCGCAGUGGAGACCCCAGGGACCCUUCUGACUUGGUUCCAGCUGUUAAUGAGAACUUGACACAGAGUUUGUGGGAAAUAUCUGAAAGCCACUUUAAAUACCCAAUUGUGGAGCAGUACCUGAAGACGAAGAAGAAUUCCAAAUGCCUAAUAAUUAAAUACAUUAUCUGCCGUUUACUCACUCUAGUAAUUAUUUUCAUUGCAUGCCUCUACCUGGGCUACUACAUUAGCCUCUCCUCUUUGAGUGAUGAGUUUCUCUGCACUAUCAAAACUGGGAUCUUAAAGAAUGACACAACUGUUCCAGAAGUGAUUCAGUGCAAGCUUAUUGCUGUUGGUGUCUUCAAGGUACUCAGCUAUAUUAACCUGCUGGUGUAUCUUCUAGUGAUGCCGCUGGUAGUGUAUGCAAUGUUUGUUCCAUGGAGGUGGAAUUCAGGUAUUCUCAAGGUGUAUGAAAUCCUGCCAACUUUCGAUGUUCUGAAACUCAAGUCAAAGUCUUUUGAUGACUUAAGCCUUUACCUCCUCUUCCUUGAGGAAAACGUGAGUGAACUUAAAUCAUUUAAAUGCCUCAAAGUGCUGGAGAACAUCGCAGUUUCUGAGAAGUUUGAUGUCAUGCAACUUUUGGUAAACCUUGGUACUAUUAAGCCAGAUACCGUGGAUGGGAAGCCAGGGACAGCUGUGUUGGAGAAGCCUGAAGAAACCACUACAGAAGAGUUGGAAAAAAAUGCAACAGAGCUACAAGUUUUGACAGACCAUGAUGCAAGUGGCAGCGUGAGUCCGAGAGAAGAUAAAAAACUUCGCCAAAGACUUAUAGAUUCUUCAUGCUGA